GUGAGGUCUAUAUUGGCACUAACUGUCGACUGUUGCUCAACGUGAAUUGUGGAUGCCAUUCAUCGGUAAAACUCUGCCGCCCUUACGCCAACGGAAAACAUGCUCAAUGCUUUGUUGCAAGCAACUUAAAUCAGACGAUUUCCAUCUACACGAGACAUCUUUCUAACUUGUCUCCUCGUUAAUCAACAUGGCACUUUUACAGUUUCGCAGCGCCAAAGUUUUCGCAUCUUUCCUAUAUGGCACUUGUCAUAUGUUCGCUUUGUCCACAGAAGGAUUCAUUUCUAAUUGCAGGUUUUCUCGUUCAUCGUGGAACCGCUGUUUUUGUACUUCCUCUCGGCCCCUCCGUCGUUGUUGGAGCUGCAACAAUGCGGUGGAAGAAAAGGCUUUUUUCUGUACUUGUGGCAAAAUUCAACCUUUGGAGAUUCAGUUAUCUUACUUUGAUGUUCUGGGUUACCCCAACCCAGUUGUUCGGGUUAAUCCACUCGACCUGGCUGGACGAAUGCGGAAUGUGCAAAAAGAACUUCAUCCAGAUAAAUUCACUGGGACAACACAGAGUGAACAAAGAUUAGCUAGCGAGGCCUCCACUUUUGUUAACCGGGCUUAUUCUACUCUGGAACGCCCCUUGGACCGUUUCACGUACAUCCUGUCCCUUCAUGGGUUUGAAGAUGAUGUCUCUCCUACUUCAGAUCCAGAAUUCCUCAGUAAAGUGAUCGAAGUUAACGAAGCCAUUUCGCAUAUCGCCGAUGCUCUCACUUCGGAUGAUAAUGUAAGGGAUGUUUCGAAGUUACAAUCCAUCAUUUCGGAGCUUGUGGAUCGGAUCGUUUCAGACUUGACAAGAGAGGAGGAGAUAUUAGUGCAACGUCUGGAAUCUUCUCAAUGGAAAGAGGCACACCAGUCCUUGGUGAGAUUUCGCUACCACUGCAGAUCCUUGGAGCAAAUAAAGUUUCAGAAUGGUUCGAAACUAAAAACGUACAAAGAGGCAUAUGACACGGCUGCAAUGGAACAAAUCAAAAGUCCAGCUGGCUGCAAAUAAACAGAUAUUUGAGGAGUGGUUUCAGCUGCUUACUGAAGAGUUUACAGCGUUGAGGAGAGUGGCUUUCCACUCGACCCUAAGCGAUUAAAAGUGCUUUGUGAAAAGGGGAUCAAA